GCAGCCUAUUGCAUCUCGAAUGAUAAAUCUAAUAUAAACAAACGAGUUUCAAACUUUGAAAUCGCUCCUAAUUCUGUGAAAAAGCAUCCAACAGAUAACCUGAAUGUUAAUCACGAUGGUAGUAGAGAAUGGUCAAAAUUGUGAAGAUUUGGGAAAGACAUGGCCUCAAAUUCUUGCAAUCGCACUAGGAAGUCUAGCAGCGUUAACCAAUGGACUUCAUCUAGCUUGGACAUCACCAUUUAUACCAAAGAUAACCAAAGAUAAAGAACAUUACGAUAUAUCAGAAGAAGAAGCAUCAUACCUCACAAUUAUCCAGCCUUUUGCAAUGAUCUUGACUUGUCCCUUUUCUUCUAAAUUAUGCGACAUUAUUGGAAGGAAGAGAACACUGAUGUUGAUAUCACUGCCACAGAUAAUAAAUUGGAUUUUGACAGCAGUUGCUACCGACAUAUAUACUUUUUAUAGUUCUAAAGUUUUCUCGGGAAUUGCAGGUGGAAUAGCUUUUGCUGCUUUACCAAUGUAUAUAGGAGAAGUCUCUUGUCCUGAAGUGCGAGGAACUUGGGGAAAUCUAUUUUCUUCGGCACUAUAUCUCGGAGAAUUCAUAAUGGCAAUACUCGGCAGUUAUUUCAAUGUAAAGGAAACAUCUUACAUCUGUAUUUCAAUCCCUAUUGUAUUUAUUAUCUUUUUCUCUUUUAUGCCCGAAUCACCUUACUUUUAUAUAAUGAAGAAAAAACAUGACUAUGCUAAAACUUCUUUACGAUUUUUCAAACGGAAAGUGAAUAUUGAUCAUGAUUUUAUGUUGCUGCAGAAUGAUGUAAUACGACAAAUGUCAGAAUCUGCAGAAUGGAGAGAUUUCAUUAAAAUUGGAAGCAAUAAAAAAGCACUGAAAGCAGCAAUAUUUCUGAGAACUUCUCAAGUAUUUGGAGGACUAACCCUGUUUAUUGUUUAUAUUCAAUUUAUUUUUGAGAAAUCUGGUGGAAAUGUGAGUCCGGAAUUAUCAUCAAUAAUAUAUACAGGUCUUAGUUUUGUCUUGAAUAUUUUUGUCGUUAUAUUUGUCGUGGAUAGACUGGAGAGGAAGAAUGCUUACAUAUGUUCGAUUGGUCCUUGUUCUGUAAUUCUUCUUUUGGUUUCGGCAUAUUUCUAUGUUGCUAAAUACUAUCCUGACUCAGUUGUUACUUCCUUGAAAUGGGUACCAAUUACAGGAAUGUUAUCUUAUAUGAUAUUUGCAUCUUUUGGGAUGGCAGUCAUUCCUACACUGAUGCUCAGCGAACUAUUUUCUACAAAUAUCAAAUCCAAAGCAAUGACGAUAAUGUCAAUAAUUUUUGGGGUACUGGUUUGCCUCAAUAACUAUGUUUUUCAUGGUUUAUACUUCUCUUUGGGACUCUAUGCACCAUUUUUAUUUCUUGGAUGCUGCAAUGCCAUUUCAACAGUGCUCUCGUUUUUUUUAAUACCAGAGACAAAAGGUAAAACCCUUGAAGAAAUUCAACAGUCACUCAAAAAUAAGAAUUCCAAUGGGGUGAGUCGAAUUGUUUAAUCAAAUAGAUUACUUCAGUUGUAACUAAGUAUAUACCUGGUUGUAUGUACAUAUAUAUGUUGUUGUUAUUAUUA